UUUGACCGCGAAGUUACGUGUUUUUUUUCCUAACCUAAACGGUGGGUGUGUCUUGACAAAUACUAAAAAUGAUGCAAUUACCCGCUGGAUUAUAAUGAAUCAACUCGCCCAGCCGAAAUUGUGCAGCUUAGAAUGGGAUGCGCCGACGCGUGGGAUGUGCUAAGCAGAAGAGCCGAAUCGUGCACGUGGAUGCGCGCGUGUGGGUAAAGGGGGAUUAAAAAUAACGCGGUUCAAAAUGUUGGCUGGUGUCGUUUGUGCUCCGUCAAAACAGCAGUUCAUCGAGAUCGACUACCUCAGGCUGUGAUGUUGAAGUUUCGCCUGUUUGCCUUUACUUUGUUUACAAUUUACCAGUGAAAGUGAAAAUAGUGCUCCAACGUCGAAGAAAAAGUGCUCUCCAAUCAGAGGCUACCGCAAUUGAUUGAAUCAUUACUUUUUGCAUCUAUGUGGCAAAAGUUGUCCACGCGAGUGCUGAAGCAAAAAUCAUUUUGAUGAUUGUGGUGUGGAGUGGCCACAGCCACAGCCACAGCCUCAUCGAGAAAACCUAAUCGAAAGAAGCAACGGAAAUUCAUAUUGUUUACCAUCGAGGAAAUGAAAGAGCAUCGAAGAGCAAGUAUGCCGUGGUAACGCCAUGUCCGCUCUGCGUAAAUCGGCCUCGUUCCGGUCUCGGAUACCGGUGCGAAGAACCCGCACGUCCAGCCGACGUUGCGUGAGCCCGCAGCCGUCGGUUUCGACGGUAACCAGCACCGGGUCCAUCUACUGUGCAAGCGAGUACAGCACUCCGGGCGACAUUGUCGGAACCGACCGGCACUGGUACCAGCGGCGGUAUUCCUCAUCCAGCUACUCCAGCAGCGACGAGAGCCACGAAUCGGAAGUUCCGUUGAAGCGGUUGCUCCAGCAUCCUGUCCCGACCGGCGACGAGCGUGACAAGAGCAGACAGCAACAGAUUGCCAACUUGAGCGUGUCCACCGAUGCCAUCAGCCUGGAUGGUUUGCUGGAUUGUGUCAGCAGUGGAAGCUUUUCCAGUCCUCCGUCACCGAAAGGCUCGAAAGCACAGCCAGGUUCUUUCAUCUAUCAAAAUGAUUCACGACAACGACAAGCAAUGGAACAUCCCAAUGGCGAAAAGCAUACGAAAUUAAUAUCCAGCCAGAACUCGCUGGAGAAUCUAAACUAUGCGCUGGAAACACUGAAGAUAACGGAUAAUUUCGAAGCCGACAAGCGGGCCGUUAAUCAGCAUUAUGAAAAUCUUAUCGACGAUAAAGGUGCCGUUGACGAGCAAGCGGAAGCCGAUAAGCAAAAACAGCAGAAUCUAAGCGAUUGGUACUAUAUCAAAACCAGCCCGCAGCACAAGAAGAACAAAGCUCCCGAGAGUCCGUGCGUCGAGCGUCGGAAGCGACGGUUAAUUCUAGCGAAAGACCAACUGCCGCCAUCGGUGUCAAGUCCCGGCGUUGCGGAACGGCUCGUGCCACCCACACCUUCGACAACAGCGAACGAUAUUACACGCCAAGGGCAAGUGCUGCUAACAAAAGUUUUAAUUGCUAGUAAAUAUUCCUCCGAAGUAAACCGAGAAGAAAACUCUGCGAAACAAGCGGAGGAAAAUGAUGUCGACUAUCCACGGCAGGCACCCAAUUCAAACUUGCCAAAUAACGAUAAAUUGUCAUCUCCGGUCCAGGGUGCCAGAUUUUCAUCCGCUAGCAUUGAUUGCGGAAACGGUGGUAGCAUCCGGGAACCUUCACAGCCGGUAGCCGCACCGCGGCUGGGCCGUCUCAAACCACACUCACCGUCCACCGCAAUGGCAAUAAAUGACAGAGAACUGUCGCCCCCAGUUACGAACAAAUGUUUCAACAUUAUUAAGCGCACUGCGCGCCCAGGACUGCAACGGUCAUGGGACCUGGAGAAAUGUAGACUCACCCAGACGGCUGCCACAGCUGCAGCAGUGCCGGUUGGUGAAAAUCGACCAUUCGAUAUUACCAGAACCAGUAGCAGUUUCGAGCUCAUACCAAAUUAUAUCAGCCAAAACCGAUCGGAUCGGUUUUCCCCGUACUGUCAACGCAAACAAAUGAAGCAGCAGCACCAACUCCACGGGACGACGGCCAAAUCAAGGCAGAAUAUUUAUGAAAAUUUUCCAACAAAUCAAACAUAUUUACCGCCAUCGGCAGCCGCACCGGCUGAUGUAGGUCAGCAACGGGCUGGCGAUGGUCAACGUUUCGCGCAGCUGCGUCGUGACGCCGAGGAUGCAGAGGUGGUCCGGUUGAAAAAUGCAUUGAAACGGCCAUUGGCGAGAACGAGAGAUCCUGCGCCACUUCCGGCGCUGAGGGCUGCGGUGGAUCUGCUCCCGUCGCCACUGAUGGCUUCGCCGCCGCCUCCACCACCGCAGCAGCAGCCACCUGUGGCGACCAUCGAGUACUGCGAGGAAGAUGACCAGAAAAAGAGCUCGUUGAGCAGGUGUUACCCAACAAAAUCCAGCCACCAUCAGCAGCAGCACCGGAUUACUACGCCAACCUCCUACCGGGCCGAAUACGAACUAUCCGGUUCGUACGUAUCUCUUGAAUGUCCAUCUCCACCAGGACCGCCAGCAUGUCUAACGUCGGACACCCGACGAGACCCACAGGCUCGGCUGGCUCGUUAUCUGAAAACCUUGUACACCGAGCUGGCUCUGAAGGAACCCGUCCUGCCGACCUGGGUUCAACCGGUGGCUCCCGGUGUUCUUUGUCCGGCGAGACUCGAACCCGAACUAAGACUGCACAUCCAUUCGCACGGUCUGAACGAAUGCAUCGCGGUCGAUCAGGUUCUUGCAGCCGUUCAAACGAAGGAUGGACCAUUCCUGGAAGCGCCACGCCGGGUGCUCAUCGAGUGUCCUCCGUGGGUUACGCGUAGUGCACUGGCACUCCGGUUAUUGUACGCCUGGAGUCGAGAUGCACCAUGGCCUCCACGAGGUCAACCUGUAGCAUUAGCACUUUUUAUACCACUAAACGAACUGAAAGGAUCAUUAGCGCAUUACAUAGGCAAGGAACUGCUACCUCGUGGUUCGCCAAGUCCUUUCGCGUCCGGUUUUGGUGGUUUUAGCGCUGCCUGGAAUUCACUUGAAUCGCUCAAAAGUAAGCUUCUCAUUGUACUGGAUGGUUACGAUGUUCAGAAUAAAUCUCGGAAAAACAAAACGGUGCAGAAGGAUGUCACCGACCUUCUGGAAGGCAGAUUGUUCCCAGAAGCAAGAGUCGUUUUAAUUAGUGUAACCUCUUCGUGUGCUGAGCUGCUGCCUCUCAUGCAACGUCACGUAACCUUCGAAGGAAUUGCCUGGGGUCGGUCGGUUUCCCUGCUUGGCGGUGGACAGUGGGGUGCCCCCACCCGUCUUAUUGACUGCGUGCAGAACUGUCGACAUCUAAGGAACAUCGCAAGGACUUCGCUGGGUUGCCUAUCCAUCGCGGCUAUCUACAAUUCCAACGGAGGUGAUUUGCUGACCGAUGAAGUCGACGUUGUAGCAUCUGUGUUCAACUGUGUAGCGGCCAACUCUUCACAUACACAGGUGACGGAACUUGGAAGACUAGCGUUAUUUUGUUUGAAAACCAAGCGUUCGACAGUCAGUUCGACUGAAUUGAAAAUGUACUGCUCAUCGCCUGAGACAAAUAUAAUAGGAUGUUUAGAUAGGGCUCCAGUAUUCGGUAGAACUGCCAAGAAGAAGUCUGAUUUCCAAUAUACAACAAUCUGUCCGGGAAUUGCUGAGUUCUUAGCUGCCAACUAUCUGGUCUCGCUCGCUAGCCGACCUGGGCUUCUCGCAGCAGAAGUUGCAGGUCUCGCCAUUGGCGAUGAGGUUGAACCUGAAAUCCUUAAAGUAUUAACAUAUGCGAUGUCCCUAUUAGGACCCCGAGCUCACCUGCUUCUAUCGAAGCUUACGCCGCUUUGGUUAAGCCCGCAAACGAUAUUCUCUCUGGCACUGGCCGGUGGUGAGACGGAAGCUAAUCUCACUGCGCUCUGCGAAAUUUUAGGAAUCUCAAAGUCACCACCAAUUCCUCCACUGGAAGCUAAACCAAUCUGGGUGCAAAUCAAAUCAUCUCCCUCAGAAUUGCAAGGUUGGGGACUAGCCGUCAAAAGCCCAACCUGUACGCUUAAAAACCUAGAGUUGGUGUAUCAGAUUGAAAAGAACAUGCUUCUGGAAUCGCGAAACGUGAUGGACAUAUUCCUAGAUGCGCUAUCAAAAAAUGAAAGUGUCACGACGCUUCGGAUCACUUCACUGAUCGAGAAUGAUGUUCGUGAUUCCGAUAUUAAUUUUCUGGCUACUUGCAUAUCGAAAGCUGUACUGAAACCUAGAUUGGAAAGCUUUGAACUGAUACUUACCUUGCUGGAAGAAGACCCACCAAUUCUGAAACUGCAAUCAGUAGUGACCGGUCUGUGCAGGUCCAUCCCCCGCCAACCGAAGCUUAGUAAUCUUAUAUUGGAUCUCGGACUUUGUACGUCGCAGUUAGUUCAGAUCUGCUCCAUGUUGGAGAAAUGCCCGCACGUCACCCGCUUAUCAUUUCCCCAUCUUCGCUGCGAACGAGGAGCUGUUGGUGCACUCGCUAGUUUGCUCAUGGCACGUCCUCUUUCAUAUUUAGCAUUGGCAUCAAGCUGGGGAGCACGAGACGAUCCACCGUCCUCCAGUGGUGUCAGCAUGGGAUCAGGUUCCGGUAGCAGCUCCGGAAAUUCUGGUCUUAUCAAGCAAUCCUCAUUAACAGGAGCCCCAUCACCACGAUCGUAUCCUCCCGGAAUAUUCUCAUCACUGCCCCGUGGUGUCCUCAAUUCCACUUCCAACAUGGGUCGCUCGGCUACACUGCCCCGUCAACCGAUGGAAGGUCCGCCAGAUAAACGCAGUACGGAUUCCGUAAUCUCUCGAACUUGGUAUCCAACACCAGCUUGCGAUGGAGGUCCCCAUAAUUCUGGAACACUUCACGAAUUACUACUUGCGGCACGCGACUCGUUCUCUCGCCUCCAUGGACUUGAUCUUAGCAAAGCGCAACUAUCUCUUGAGGACUCCAUGUGUCUAGGGGAAACCGUUCGGGUUUCCACCACACUUCACUCGAUUAAACUGGAGGGCGCUUCUCGACUGAGCGAAAUCCUGCCAACGGUCCUAGGCGCUAGCGAGUCUCCUAGUUUACAAAUGUUAAGCCUGGGAUCCCCCAGAAUCGCACUGGAGGAUGCCGCCGUAGGAAUGUCUGCACGUGCCUUGGGUAGUUGCAUUACACUAAGACUGCUUAGUUUAGAUGGCUGGAGUUUCAGGAUAGAAAACGUUGCCACAUUGGCCUCCGUACGCGGCUUUCUAUCACUCACUUCGAUUCGUGAGCUGGGUCUCAACAACUGUCGAUUGAAUGUACCGAUGUUCAAGAGUGACCUCAUCAUGACGACAUCCGCGUACGAGUGCCGCUCGGUGGUGAAUCUCAAAAUGGGAAAUGCUCAGAUCAUUUUUGCCGAUCAUGUUUCAAUGAAAGGACCCCAUGUAUUACCGUACCUAAUCGGAUUCGUGAACCUCAGAGAGCUCGAUCUGUCCGGUCCAGCACGCAGUGGUCUAGGCAGCAAUUCUUCAACACCGCUGAUUCUCUCCGAUAAAGAUAUAACUAAUUUCUUCUCUACUCUCAAUUCAAACUUCAGCUCACUAAACACUUUGAAAAUUUGCAACUGGAUCAUUCAUCUGGAUGACGCUCAACGUACGCUCAAGAGUGUCGCGAAGCUGUUCCGACUGAGCCCGAUAAGUCAUAUCAAACUGGAUGGUAUCCUCGUGCUAGAUCGGCCGAAAAAACUGCGAAUAGAAUCGCUGUUUAUGCACGCGAUGCUUGGCUCACUUCCGUUGCUACGCUGGAUGGGACUUACCGUUACCGGACUGAGCGAGGAGCAGAUCACGGCCAUCGGCAGCUAUUGUGCCGAUAUACGAGGAAUGGAGAUUGACAUCAGACUGUGCGAUUCAACGAUCGAAAAUGCAAGAUUAAUGACUCACUCGCUUGGAUUGGACGGAAAAUUCGACAUACGGGUGUCAACGUUCGGCACGUCCAACAGCAUCCUGAUCCACAUAGAGAAAACCUCCACGAAAAGCCUCUCUCGCAAAUAAGGAAUGGAAACGUAGAAACCUUGCUAAGACCCAACUGCUAAGAGCGACGAAAGAAGUCAAACUGAUUGGCGAUGUUCAUCGAAAAAGAAAGUCAAACCAAAAUCCUAGAUAAUUGAAUCAGAGUGACAAUAGUGUCACGCACCAGUAAAGACACUAUCUUUUAUAAAUUCCUACAACUUUUACGAUUGUCACUAGUCCACAAAAGCGAACAAAAUAAAUUGCGCUAUCAAAAGUGUAUUAAAAGAAAUGAAAACAUUGGUGGAACAAGGGGGGUGGUUUACGACAAGAAAAAUCGACUCAGUUUCCUAAACUUUGAGGAAAAAAAACUAUGAUUUGAUAACUAUUGGUAAUAAAAACUUGAGUCUAAACCUCCCUAGAAAUGAACGCCAAUUCCCCCAAUGAAUGAAAUCUAAUGUUUUUAGGUAUCACAGCGUUAUUUUUUAACGUUCAGUAUCAAAAUUUUGCCUAAUAUAAAAUUAAAAAUCAAUAGAAAUUUUGUCUUGGUGGCCAAAUUCUUGUUGAUUGGUGAAAAAAGACUUUUCUGGGCGAAACUACUACCCCCUGGACGCAUUUGGAGUUAGGAGAGGUUUCAUGUUUUUCCGAUAGUCUUGAAAUAGCAAAUAUCUCUUAAAAACGAUCAUUCAAAGUACGUGCAAAACCGACUAAGCUUGUAAUUCAAUGUCAUACCUUCUUUCUAAUAUCGUGUAAUUUUCGUUCCAUCGUACUCUGUUCCUGCUCCUCUGUCUCUCUGAAAUAUACUUUCCUUAGUAUUGGAAAACGCUUUGACCUACAGUCAAAUAACAAAAACUUGAAUAAAGACAAUAGAAAAUUUUUCAAAAUAAAAGUUAAUGUCGAACCAAAAACAGUAUAGAAGAAAAUUAAAUUCUAAAAUGUCAAACCCCGCGUGCAGCCCAAUUUGGCUGACUCCAUUUGUCCUUAACACAACGCAGACACGAGGCCAUUUUGAGAAACCAUUACAUAAGCGUACAAUCGAGUUCUAUUGAUCGAUGAACGGCAGACAAAACCAAUAUUCGAAGUGCAUAAACAAACCUAUUACUGCUAAUUUAGCACAUACAGACGUUGCAUUCAUAUUAUGCUCAAUUGCAUUUAAAAUAAACAAAACAAAAUUUUUCCUUAACGAUAAAAGGUAGAGUUUUUAUGUAAAACAUAAAACAUAUAUUUUAAAACAUAUA